CGCCCGCGCGCCUCCUGUCCUCCGCCUCGGGAGCGCGCGUGAGUAUCAAGGACAGGCGCGAGCUCGCCAGCAUCAUCAGGUCUAUUUGGCGCGGACGCGCACACGCAGACCGGAGGAGAGGUAAACAAAGCCAACAGCUAGCGCGGGAGUCAACAGGACGGGCGCGCGACAGGAAGAGAAGAAGAAGAAGAAGAAGCUUCUCCAAGUGGAUGACGACAUCUCAGCCUGUGACGUCACGGCCAACGAGGACUCUUAUUGUGGAAGCAGCGUCCGAAAGAUGGAGGUGCGCUGCACGCUGCUGCUGGCGGUGCUGCACUGCAGCUCGGUGGCGCUGUGUGGCUGCGAGCCGCGGCAGGUCAACGUGGGCGCCGUGCUGAGCCAGAAGCGCUACGAGCAGGUGUUCAAGGACGCCGUCGGCCACGCCAACGCCGUCUACGGCCGCGACAAGUUCAAGAUGAACGCCAUCUCCGUCACGCACAAGCCCAACGCCAUCCAGAUGGCGCUGUCCGUCUGCGAGGACCUCAUCUACAACCAGGUGUACGCCAUCUUGGUGAGCCACCCGCCGCAGUCCAACGACCACCUGACGCCCACACCCGUCUCCUACACGGCGGGCUUCUACCGCAUCCCCGUGGUGGGCCUGACCACGCGCAUGUCCAUCUACUCCGACAAGAGCAUCCACCUGUCCUUCCUGCGCACCGUGCCGCCGUACUCGCACCAGGCCAACGUCUGGUUCGACCUGAUGAGGGAGUUCCGCUGGAACCACAUCAUCCUCAUCGUCAGCGACGACCACGAAGGACGCGCCGCGCAGAAGAAGCUGGAGACGCUGCUGGAGGAGAAGGAGAGCAAAACUAAAAUCAGGAACUAUGAAAACGUGGACCAACACAACUUUGACUUCAGGAGAACGCCAAAGGCCGAGAAGGUCCUGCUCUUCAACCAGGACACCAACCUGACGGCUCUGCUGCUGGAGGCCAAGGACCUGGAGGCCCGGGUCAUCAUCCUCUCUGCCAGCGAGGACGAAGCGGCGGACGUCUACAAGGCGGCCCGACAUCUCAACAUGACGGGCUCCGGGUACGUUUGGAUCGUGGGCGAGAGAGAAAUGACCGGGAAGGCUUUGAGUGAAGCUCCAGACGGCCUGCUAGGUCUGCAGCUGAUUAAUGGUAAGAACGAGUCGGCCCACAUCAUGGACGCCGUGGCGGUGGUGGCACAGUCGCUCCAGGAGCUCCUGGAGAAGGAGAACAUCACGGAGCCACCACGGGGCUGCGUUGGAAACACCAACAUCUGGAGGACGGGGCCCCUCUUCAAAAGGGUGCUGAUGGCAUCAAAGUAUCCUGAAGGCCUGACUGGACGGAUCGAGUUUAACGACGAUGGCGACCGUCGCUUCGCUACCUACAGCAUCCUUAACUACCUGCAGAAACCUGGACGCCUCGUCCCUGUCGGAGUCUUCAACGGAUCACAAGUGGUGAUGAACCCCCAGAAGAAGAUCAUCUGGCCUGGUGGGGAGACAGAGAGGCCAGUAGGUUAUCAGAUGUCAACCAAGCUGAAGAUUGUGACCAUCCACCAGGAGCCCUUUGUGUACGUCAAGCCAACAAAGAGUGACGGCACAUGCAAGGAGGAGUACUCCGUUAAUGGUGUGCUCAUCAAGAAGGUCAUCUGUACCGGACCCAACGGGACUAUCCCAGGGCAGCCGAUAGUUCCUCAGUGUUGCUAUGGUUUCUGCAUCGACCUUCUCAUCAAGCUGGCCAUGAACAUGAACUUCACCUACGAGGUUCACCUGGUGGCUGACGGCAAGUUUGGCACCCAAGAGCGAGUGAACAACAGUAACAAGAAGGAGUGGAACGGCAUGAUGGGGGAGCUGCUGGGGGGUCUGGCCGACAUGAUCGUGGCCCCCCUCACCAUCAACAACGAGCGCGCUCAGUACAUCGAGUUCUCCAAACCCUUCAAGUACCAGGGCCUCACCAUCCUCGUUAAGAAGGAAAUCCCCCGCAGCACUUUGGACUCGUUCAUGCAGCCAUUCCAGAGCACCUUGUGGCUCUUAGUCGGCCUGUCGGUCCACGUGGUGGCAGUGAUGCUCUACCUAUUAGACCGCUUCAGCCCAUUUGGAAGGUUUAAAGUCAACAGUGAAGAGGAGGAAGAAGAUGCCCUCACCCUAUCCUCUGCCAUGUGGUUUUCGUGGGGAGUACUCCUCAACUCCGGUAUAGGAGAAGGAGCCCCGCGGAGUUUUUCGGCGAGGAUUCUGGGAAUGGUGUGGGCAGGUUUCGCCAUGAUCAUCGUGGCCUCGUACACCGCCAACCUGGCGGCCUUCCUAGUGCUGGACCGGCCUGAGGAGCGCAUCACUGGCAUCAACGACCCCAGGCUGCGUAACCCGUCGGACAAGUUCAUCUACGCGACGGUCAAGCAGAGCUCGGUGGACAUCUACUUCCGGCGCCAGGUGGAGCUGAGCACCAUGUAUCGCCACAUGGAGAAGCACAACUACGAGAGCGCCGCUGAGGCCAUCCAGGCCGUGCGGGACAACAAGCUGCACGCCUUCAUCUGGGACAGUGCCGUGCUGGAGUUCGAGGCGUCCCAGAAGUGCGACCUGGUGACCACGGGAGAACUCUUCUUCCGCUCGGGCUUCGGGAUCGGAAUGAGGAAGGACAGUCCGUGGAAGCAGAACGUGUCCUUGGCUAUUCUCAGCUCUCACGAGAACGGCUUCAUGGAGGACCUGGACAAGACGUGGGUUCGAUACCAGGAGUGUGACUCCCGCAGUAACGCUCCCGCGACUCUCACCUUUGAGAACAUGGCAGGUGUGUUCAUGCUGGUGGCGGGCGGCAUCGUGGCGGGCAUCUUCCUCAUCUUCAUCGAGAUCGCCUACAAGCGGCACAAGGACGCCCGCAGGAAGCAGAUGCAGUUGGCCUUCGCUGCCGUCAACGUGUGGAGGAAGAACCUGCAGCCCUACCCCACCGACAUCACCGGACAGAUCAACCUGGCGGACCCCUCCGUCAGCACCGUGGUCUGAACGCCGCCGCCUCAGUCACACACAUGUGCUUUUAUUUUGGUAGCUGUGCUUUCCGUCAUUUAUCGGGAGGGCGGGGCCUGUGGACCAGGAAGUAAACCACAUGUUGUCUAUUUUUGUAUCCAGUCACAUCAGCAAUAAAAAGUCCUCUCAUAUUUCCGGAAAUGUGACCUCGCUUCCAGAAACUAGAUCCAAGGUAUAAACUUGCUGCUCCAUAGGCUCCGCCCCCCCC